AAGCAGCAUAGCACUCUUCUGGUUCAAGGGUCGGAGUUUACGUGUGUUUUUUUGGUUUUAAUAAUCCUAAUAUAAGCAAGUAGCUAAUGAGUUGAGGUUGUGUUUCUGUGGAGUUACUAAGGAGACGCUGACGCUUUAUUCAAACCGCGCCAUGAUGCAUUCUGGGAAGCGCACUACUGUCAUGGCGGAUCUGGUGGUGUGCUAACGUUAACGAUUAGCAUACACAACGGUUAUCUGGAUUAGUGGUAGUCCCACUUCCUCUCGGACGGCAGUAACUCAGCGUAACCUGGAGGGAACCAGCAGAGCGCAGCUCUCCAGUCAAUUGGCUCCAAGCAUCUGGCAUAAUGGAAUGUGCAGUGGACAUUCCCUCAGGUGAGGACGAGGCCACGGAGAGGGAUGACCUCAACGCCAAGGAAGAGGGCGUUGACACCCCUCACAAGAAGAACAAGAAGCACAGGAAACACAAGAGCAAGAAGAAGAAGCGGCGCCGGAAAGGAGACAAGGAGAGCAGCUCUGAAUCUGGCGCAGAAUCUGAGGCGGAGCUGCCCCCCUCCCAGAGGGCGGUGAGGAACACCAGAGCCAGUGCCAGACUAGCUUCUACCACGGGGGCUGCAGACCAAGUCGGGCCAAAGGAGGGCAGCAAAAAGGACGGCAUCACAGAAUCGGAGGUAGACGCCAAGACCAAAAAGCACAAAAAGCACGCUUCCAAAAAGAAGAAGAAGAAGAAGAAGAAGGACGAGAAGCAGGACCGCAGAUCCCCGUCCCACUCGGCGUCUGAGAGCAGCUCCGCGUCGGGCUCUGACUCGGAGCCGGACGAAGGCAAGGGGCCGCGUGAUGCGCCCGAGGCCGUGUCCAAGCUGCUGCCCAAGGGCAAGCGAGGGGCAGAGAAACUCGAAGCGCCUCACGCCAAGCAGGACGAGAGCACGGAGAACAACGUUUUCUCCUCCACAGGGAAGAACGGCAGCACCAACGGUUCGGUGCUGGUGAUGUCGCCCUCUGCUGGCCAGGACCAAGCCCACCCGGCUGGGGUUGACGUCAGAAUCGAGGGGAACCACGGUGAUGGCAGUUUCAGCCACGCGCUCCCCGACAUCAUACCUAAACAGGAAGGCACAGCGUCACAAGACGACCCUGCUCUAAAAGAUGAGGUCAACGUGAACCAAAGGGCCCCGGGGGCAGAGCGGGAGGGCUCCAGGUCCCCGUCCGCGUCCCCCCAGCGUGCCCCUGGGAUCAAGCGCUCCGGGUCGAGUCACAGUCGGUCUUCCACGCCCAGCCCAAGACGCCAGCAGACAAGGGCUCCAGCCGCCACAGACAAGGAUUCUAAAGAGCGCUCCCAAACGAGAUCGAGGUCCUCAUCGGAGGCCAACGGGUCCGUCUCACCGCCACAGGCCAGGGAGCGCUCGCGCUCCCACUCCCCCAAGUCUGAGAGGAAGUCUGCUUCUCUGUCUCCCAAAAGACCGCUCCGCCACACCGGCUCCCCGAAGAGAGACAGGAAGCUCUCCCGCUCCACGUCGCGCUCCCUGUCCCCCAAGAGAAAGAAGAAGGCCAAGUCCCCCAAGAGGUCCAAGCGCCAGUCGUUAUCCGCUUCUCCCAAGCGAAGGAGGAGGACGUUGUCGGCGUCACCCAAGCGGCGGCGCCCGAGCCCCCCGAGGAGGAAGCUCUCUCCUAAACGCGGGCUGCGUCGGUCCCCUUCCCCGCGUAGAAACCGGCGGUCCAAGUCCAGGUCCGCUGCCCGACGCUCCAGGACGCGGUCUCCUCGGCGUACCGCCGUCGGCCGCCGCUCGCACUCUCGUUCGGUGGGCCGGACCCGGCGGCCCGCUAGGCGGUCCCGCACCCCGGUGAGGCGGGGGGGCGCCAGGCGCUCCGGGAGCCGCUCACCCGAGACCCGGCGGCGGAGGUCUCCGCUGCCACCGCCCUCUCGGACGCGGCGUUCCCGCUCAAGGUCCACGAGGCGUUCGAGGCGCACACGCUCACGCUCCGUCGUGGUGCUCAGACGCAAGCGCCGCACCAAGUCCCGGAGUCCCCGGAAAAAGAGUAAGUCCCGAACACCGCCUUCCCGCCGGCGUUCCAAGUCUAGGUCCCCUGGGGCCCGGAGGCGAUCGAACUCCCCCAGCAAGAGGAACCGCUCGCCGCCCAGGUCCUUGAAGCGCUCCAAGUCGCGCUCGUUGUCAAGGCGGUACAGGUCAAAGUCCCACACACCGGCCCCUGCCGGGAGGCAGUCCAAGUCCCCCAGUAAGAGCUUGAGGAGGUCGCUGUCUAAGUCCGCCUCGCCUGCCCCGAACCGGUCUCUGUCUGGCUCCAGUGAGAGGGUGUCUGGGAGCGCCUCCCCAGGGCAGGACAGGGAGCCCUCCCCCUCGCCGUCCAAGGCAGAGACGGCAGAGGACAUUGAAGGAGCUGCAGACGCCGCGCCCGCAGCAGGCCCCUGGAAGCCCCUGCCCUUAUCCAACGCUGACCCCAGCGCCGCGCCCGCCGGCUCCUCGCCCCGGCCCACACCCAACCACCAGGGGGCCCGCUCUCCUUCCGAGCGGGACAGCUCCCGCUCCCCUUCUGCCUCUCCUGAGUGCGCGGCGGGCCCUGCCGGCUCCGGGGCUUCUGGAGACUCCACAGGGGAGGAGGAGGAGGCGGCGGAGGGAGGGGCUGAGAAGGCAGCUUCUCCUCUAAAGCCCAAGCAGCCCUGGAGCUCCUCGGGCUCCGUCUCCCCCGUCCGGACGGAGAAGAAGCAGCACUCCCCGUCUCGCUCCCCCGCUGCCCCGCCCCACAGGAAGACGUCGCCCUCCCCCAGGCGCUCGUCCUCCAAGAAGAGGUCGGUGUCCAAGAGGAGGUCGGUGUCCAAGAGGAGGUCGGUGUCCAGGAGGAAGCAGUCCAGGUCCAAGUCUCCAGGCAAGAAGAAGGCGUCACCGGCCGAGCGCAAAAAGCGCCGCUCCAAGUCCCGGAGCCCCGCCCACCGUCGGCGGGCCAGCCGCUCACGCUCGGCUGCGCGCCGGCGGAAGUCCCGCUCCAAGUCCCGGGCCAGGACCCGCCGCUCCAAGUCCCGCUCCCCCGCACGCAAGAGGCGCAGCCGCUCCCCCGCCGGCCGUGCCCGCAAGCGAUCCAAGACCCCCAAGCGAUCCAAGAGCCGCUCGGCUGGCCGGCGGAAGCGCUCACACUCGCGCUCCCCGAGCCGCCGCCGCCGCUCGCGCUCCAGGGGGCGGGGCCGGCGGCCUGCAUUCCGUAGCCGCUCCUUCGACCGGCGGGACCGGUGGAAGAGAGAGCCCAGCCACUCCCCCGUGCUCAUCCUACGCAAGCAGCGUCGCUCCGGGUCCCGCUCACGCCGCAGCGGCAGCAAAACCCCGCCGCGGCUCACAGACCUGGAUAAGGACCAGCUGCUGGAGAUCGCCAAGGCCAACGCGGCUGCCAUGUGCGCCAAGGCUGGGGUGCCCAUCCCAGAGAGCCUGCGACCCAAAGCCAUCCUCCAGCUCCCGCUCCCCACGCCCUCCCCCACCCCGCUCUCCCUGCCCCUCCCCCUGCCCAUGCCCAUGGGCAUGGGGAUGGGCAUGGGCAACAUGGGGCAAAUGGGCAUGGGCAACAUGGGGCCAAUGGGCAUGGGCAGCAUGUCCAAUAUGACCAUGAGCGCCGCCAUGGCCAGCAUGACAGCGGCCACCAUGACGGCGGCCCUGUCCAACAUGGGUGCACUGGCCUCCAUGCCCCCCCUGGCCCCACUGCCUACCAUCACCAACAAGCCCCCGCCCUGCCUGGCGCCGCCCGCACCCCCCCUCAACCUGGGCCACAUCGAGGAGGUGAAGAGGAAGGUGACCCAGCAGGCCAACAUACACACCAUCAAGGAGCUCACCGAGAAGUGCAAGAUGAUCGCCAACAGCAAGGAGGAGAUGGCCAUCGCUAAACCCCACGUCUCGGAUGAUGAGAGCUAGAGCAUCGUGUGUCCUCGCGGUGCCGGAGCUCCCUCUAAUGGACCGGAGUGGAUGUUCUGUGUUUUAUAGUUUGGACUUGAGGACUAACCUAUCCCACAGUUCGCCCGACUCCACCUCCUCUAUCAGUGACAAGAGCACCCUAGUUGUCAUGGUAACAGUAGAGGAGCAGCAGUCACACCUGGUUUAUUUGUGCGUGUGUGUGCGGUGCACGAGGGACCGGCGAGGAGAUGCUGCAGUGACCCCACUGGGGACACACUCCGGUGUGUGUGCACGCACAGUAGUUUGACUGUAAUGUGAAAGCUGGGAGUGUGCAUAAGUGUACAUAGUGGUGACUCUUUACUAACUCACCGUGCAGUGGUCCCCCCCCCCCCCCCACCUCCUCUUCCUCACAGGCUCGCUGUUUAUACGACGGAGGCUGGCGAAGCACCCACCUCGCGGUGAUAGUGCUUUUGUAAAAGAUGAGUUCCUCCUACGAAUAUGUUUUACUUGUUUUUGUAAAAGAAAAUAUAAAAAUCUUCUGGUUAAUUGCGUUGUGUCUCGCUGUGUACCGGGCCCGCCCACGCCUCUUGUCUCCUAACGACCUGAGAUCACUGAUGGUUUUGAUUGGCGGCAUGCGUGAGAUGAGUUGUUUCACGACACGCUUCCCCGCGGUUACUAAGAUGACACGGUUAUUGCCCUUAGCAGGACAUGAAUGUGGAUGGGUUGAAGCACAGAAUGUGGGUUCAUACAAAACCGUUAAUCCAAAUGCUCUGUCCUGGAUCCCGUUUUAUCCUGAUGUUUCUACUUGCCUUUCCUUUAUGAUCCCUUGUGCCCACUGAAAUUAAGAUUGCUCUCCCAUAGCCCCUACAUGGUAUACAACUAAAGCCUACAGAUCCAACCUUAAUGCAAUGGUUUGACGUGCUAAACAUUUCAUUUGUUUGACUUCACAACAUUCUGCACUCCUUGGCAGCACAAAACGUUUCCUGGCCUGUGAUCUGAUUGUCAACCUUGUUUUAGCCACUGUUCCCAUGUCCAUUAAAGGUACAUUGAAUCAAAACGUCUGCCUCACAGGCAUACCUUUAGUUGGGGCAUAUUUGGUGAUUCCUAAAUUGAGAUCCUUUGGUUUUGUCCUAUGUGAUGCAUAUAUUUUUAAAUCCAGAAGAGUAAACAAACAGGAUCAUCUUCAAACAAAUGAAGGAGCAGUACAACAUGUCUCCUCGAUUAGAUUCCCCUGGGCCAAUGGACGAAUCCAUUUUGUUUGGGACAAUCAGAAUGCCGGUAGCGUGGUGUUAUGUGCUGGCCCUUGUGCAUAUUAACGCUCCUAUCUCCCCCAUCUCCCCCCAUCACUCCCGUCAGGUGGACUCGUCUCAGGUUUUUCACGAUCAAUUGAGGGUUUGCGUUAGUGAUGUGGGGGGUGGGGAGUCGGGACACUAUGAUAGCGUGUUAAGAUAACCAAGGGAUCAUUGAGCUUGUGAGUUGAUUUGAUGAUCUGUUCCCUGUACCUUCAGAAUAGUGAGAUCUUUGUCCUAUGGUACAGAGGCGAACUUGCCGCUAAAGGUGGUAGUGCAGGAGAUGUUUUAUUUUUAUUUGAGUGUUUCAGAGCUGGGCGACACCUUUUGGUGUGAGCUGGAUAAAGAGAAAGAUGGCCCGAUGAUAUCCUGAAAAGCCCUUUGUGUAACCAUAGACAGAGUGCUCGCUCUUUGUCUCUGAAUGUCAUUCGCCAAAACCCAGGACACCUUCAGCGUUGUCGUGUGCGUGAGCUGCCAGUGUACGAGUAUUAACCGUUUUGUAACUUACAGAACGGCUCACACCCGACAAACAAUGGGGAGUGUGGCUUUAAUUGAGCUUGUUCGUUCAAAUUCCCCCCCACCCAAAUCCAGAGACACAUUCUUCUCACUCGCGUCUUUUUAAUAUUCCAUGCAUUUGUAUAUUGUCCAUCGGUCACCCCCUGCCCGGCCCAGCCCAGGGCUGUUAAACCGUCAUGGAUAUCCGUGAAGAUAUUUUUUUUUGUCAAACUAGUGAUGCUGUACCUAUAGUGCUUACCUGUUGAGUUCCUGAUGUAAUCUUUAGCUAUUUUAAUGACAAAAAACAUUUUAGGAUUCUUUUUUUUUUUUGUUCACUUGGGUAUGACAUUGCUUGCUUUGUACAUAAAUGUGUUGAUCAUUAUUAAAAGCCUUAAAUUCAUCUGCUGUUGUCUGGAUUAAAAAAUGUGUAUAUUGCAGGAUUUCUUCUGGACAUCUUUUUUGAUAAGAUGUUGGUAAUGUAGUGUAGCAAUAGCCAUCUUUUUAGUGAGAGUAGUCACUGCCUAGCAUUCAUCUCUCCCACUAAGCAUGCAUACGAUGGGAUCUUAGUUUUUAAUAUUUAGAAGUCUGAUUGCGAUACCGUCUGCUGCCACCUGGUGGCGCCAGAGCUCUACCACUCAGCCCUACCGGAAGACCUACGGUGCUCCUGACAUCCAGACAUGCUCUCUGAUGCUAUGUGUUUAUCAAACCGAAGGAUAUAUUUAUGCAUCCUUAAUUUCCUCAUGAAUUUAUGUUAAUCAAACAAAAGCAAUAAAUCCAAACUAAAGUGCCAAGUUAUGAGGCUGGUGGAGAGAUCCCAGUAGAAGGCUUUAAUCUGGGUCUGCUGGGUGAGCAGAAGGUAAGGGCCCUCAGCGCCUCUUCAUCAGUUUCAGGUGAGAAAAUCACCUGAGACAUAAACUGCAAUCCUUCCAAAGGUGCGUGGGCAUUUAGGGCUUUGUAUUGUGACAAAUUGGAUAUCCACUCCUUUCUGUUCUAAUAAACUAAACUAAAGGGGCAAAACACGACUCCAGCCCAAUGAGCAGUGGAUCCUUUAUUCUGGGUUUUAUGGAACUGGAUUUGAAGCAGAUCAACAGUUGCUGUAAAUGAUCAAACGCCUGAUCUCUACUAAUAUGAAGGUAAAUAAUACUAUAGGCCUAUAACAGUCUGCAGUCUCGAUGAGCCCGAACAGAAUCGGCCACAGUCAACUCAAACGAUACCGCAUAUUUCACUCAGUAAUCAGAAGGUUGGUAAUAACAUAUCUAACACUCAAAUAAUAUUUUUUCGAUUCUACCUAGAACACCUUUAAUGCAGAGAGAAUUCCACUGACACUCUAGUAGACUGUUUGACCAGAGUGGUGUGGAUAUUUAGUUUUUUUUCAAUUGCUUGAACAUUUUUUGCAAAAUUUGGCUCAUUGUGUCAAAACUCAACACACAAGCAAAUAAGACACUGGGAAAUAAACAGUUCACAUCUGUGUCAAAUUGAAACUCGGCUAUCGAAACCUAACAAUUCUUUGUAAAAAUGGCAAUCUGAUGACAAAAUGAUACACACUUGCAUCAUAUUAAUACACUUUCAGAUCAGCAGCAACACACUGGCCUACUUUAUGUAAAACAUUGCAGUCUUUCAUGUUCACUGUUUUUAUUCACUUCCACAGAGGGCACGUUUUCACCACAACCAAAAUAUCAAAUACUAAGAGACUAACAGACUGCCGUCUGUUGUGGUCUGGCCAUAGGAUAUCAUCAAAAUCACAAGCAAUGUUUUCUCCCGCUAAGCAUCGGGGAAAAUAUUGCCUUGUGUGCCGAAUCCAUCCAUGGAUUGACCCUAAGUCGAUGUCUCCGCAGGCCUGUUCCAUUGCCUGCAGAAGAGGCAUGCAAGCAUGUGGUUGGCGGUCAUAUACGCGCCAUCUCCAAGCCGAAAAGAAAUCUUCUAUGGGGUUUAGAAAUGGUGUGUAAGGGGGCAAGUAUAGGACUUCAAAUUGAUGAUGGUUGGUGAACCCCUUGUGGACCAGAGCAGCCCGAUGGAAACUAACAUUAUGCCAGACAACAACAAACAUGGGCUGCUCUGGUCUGUCCUGUACAGCUGCAUCGUGAAGUGCAUCCGGAAAUGUUAUUAUAUGUUCGGUAUUGAAGGGACCUAGUUUUGCUUGAUGGUGCAAUAGCCCUUGAAGGCUUAUGGCAGCACACAAUGAGAUAUUUCGCCCGCGCUACCCCGGGACUUGCACAAUUGCCCUUUGGCCAAUUAUGUUACGACCACAUCGUUUUGUUUUGCUGAGGUUGAAUCCAGCCUCAUCAAUGUAAAUAAAUUCAUGAGGCUGUGCAGCUCCAUACAUCUCCAAGAUGUUCUGUAACAAAACAAAAUACAUGCAAUACAUAUUUUGGAUGGCAUUACUCAAAACACUCAACUACAGUA